AUGGAGAUUCCCGAGGAGGCCCAGUGCCACUUCUCAAAGGGCCUCCUGCUCUCAGCCUCAAUCCUGGCCCUCUGGAUCCCCCAAAGCUCCUGGGCUGCCCUCCACAUCCAGAAGAUUCCAGAGCACCCUCAAAAGGACCAGAACCUUCUCCUGUCCGUCCAGGGCAUCCCAGGCAACUUUCAGGACUUCAACUGGUACCUGGGGGAGGAGGCCAAUGGUGGCACGAUGUUAUUCACCUACUUCCCUGACCUCCAGCGGCCCCAGAGGGACGGCAGCGCCAUGGGGCAACGUGACAUCGUUGGCUUCCCCAAUGGGUCCAUGCUGCUGUAUCGCACCCAGCCCACAGACAGCGGCACCUACCAGGUAGCUGUCACCAUCAAUCCUGACUGGACCAUGAGGGCCAAGACCGAGGUCCAGGUGGACAAAAAGCUUAAGGAGCUGCCCAUUACACACCUGCCCCUGAGUGCUGGGAUCAUGGCCGCCAUCAUAAUUGGGUUCCUUGCUGCUGGGUCCCUCUUCAUCGGGUGCAUUGCCCAUCUCCUGUUAACAAGAGCCUGGAGGGGCCAGAGCCACAGGAUGACACCCACAGAGAAGCCAGAGGUGCGCCCCAAUCACAACGCCGGUGACCAGAACAUCUAUGAAGUGAUGCCGUCUCCGACCCUCCUGGUAUCUCCCCCCGGUGACACGAGGUCCGUGAACACCUCCAUGGUGAGUCCCACCCCCUCCCCCAAAGCCCCCCACCUGCCGCUUCCCCCUCUUCCCUCACAGCCCCUGCCCCAGCAGCAGCCAGAGCCGGAGAACCACCCCUACCAGGACUUGCUGAACCCUGACCCUGCCCCUUACUGCCAACUCAUGCCAACCCCCUGA